GCGGCGGCGGCGGCGUGUUUCUCGUCAGUGCCUGCCGCGGCGUCGCUCGCGGGGCCGCGCCUCUCUGUAGGCCUGCGGGCGGGCGAGCCAGUGGACGAGACAGACGGGGAGGGCGCCCGGGGAGGGCGCCCUGGGCUGCGGGCCGCUGAGCGGGUUCGCGCUGCUGCCGCCGGCCUCCGCGGGCCGGAGAGGAGCGCCGGCCGCUCGGCAGCCGGGCCCCGCCCCCUCCGUAGCCGCUGCCCUGAGACCGGCGCGGCGCGACGCCUUUCCUGAGGAGUCUCCACUUUUCGUCCCUCCGCCGAAGCGACGCGGGUGUCCCGCCCCGUUCCGUCCGACGGGUGCUGAGCCGCCAGUCGCCGAUUCUGACGCGGAGCUUGUGCACUACCCCCCCAGAUCAGGCCCGUACGUGUGGGUAGCCGGAGUUUAUCCUGGAGGAGUACGGGCUGCGCAGGUACAAAACUCAAAACAUGAACAGCAUUACAUAUUACCAAUGUUCAAAGCUGAUUUGGCUAGAACUGGAAUACGGUUGCAUACCACACGUUCCAGAGGAAUUAGGAAAGUCAAAGUAAUGGAUAACAGAAAAGAUCCUCCAUUCUUCAAUGAAGAUAACCUGGGAACAUUUUACUACAAACUUCCUUUCUGUGAAACCAUGGAGCUCUUCAUUGAAACAUUGACUGGAACGUGUUUUGAGUUGAGAGUUUCACCCUUUGAAGCUGUUAUUUCUGUGAAAGCAAAAAUUCAAAGAUUGGAAGGUAUACUCAUCUGUCAGCAGCACUUAAUUUGGAAUAACAUGGAACUUGAAGAUGAUUAUUGCUUGAGUGAUUACAACAUUUCAGAAGGUUGUACCUUGAAGCUGGUAUUGGCUAUGCGUGGUGGACCUAUAAAUACUAGAAGAGUUCCUAUGGAAGAUCCACUUAGGGAGAUGGCUGAGUACAUGGAUUCCAGUCGAGAUGAGGUCUGGGAGAAGACCUCCUGCAACAAACAAGUUACAUUUUUGGUAUACCGAGAAGGAGAUCAGUUGAAUUUCUUUCGUGUAGUAGAUAGGGGAGAUGGCACUUUAACACCAUUAUCUGAAUCUUUAAGUGGUGGUUCUGUGUAUAAUCUGUAUACUGAUGAGGAUGAAGAAACUGAGCCUUCUCCUUCUGGGCAACAGAUCAUUGAAAAUUCAAUAACUAUGAAUAAGAUGAAGCUGCUGAAGGCUAAGAUGGAGAACAUGAAUCUCAGCAAAAAGCCUAAGAAAGCUGUCAAGGUAAAACCUCGUCCACCUAUAGCUCCUCGACCUUCUGGUAGUUCCACGGCAGCUGCUCGCCACAGAUUGUUAAGGGUUCUCCCCCACAUUGGGCAGUCUUGUUUACCUUCUGCUGGGAAUGCAUGUCUACCUGAAACUUCCAGCAAUGCUGUUUCAAGUUUGGCAACUGUGCCCCCCACUGAUAGACCCAUAUCAUCUAUUGCUAGCGAUUUUCUUAAGGAAGAGGAUAACUGGGAGAUGAACGCACUGUCUCAUUCCAAUGGUAGCAUCAAACUACCACCUCGGAUACCCCAUACCGAGUUGGAAAAUGACAAGGAGCUUGCUGAUUCUGUUCUCCAUCUUGGAUCAUUCCUGCCUAGGUGGACGAAACACUUUUCAGGAAAUUUGUCAUCCAAUAAAGAGGAUGACACUACCUUAUUUCCAACUUCAGAAGAAUGUGUUACUGAAGAAUCACUUCCACCUGAAGUGGGUUCAUUUGCUUUAUUUACAGAAGGAAACACCGAUGAACAGAGCAUUGGCUUAGAAGGCACACAGAAGGUAAAUCCAGAGUUCUUACUCUGUAAUGAUGAUAAAGGGUUGAAAGCUGCAGAACAGCAUCUUAAACAUGUUGCAAGAAUAUUGAGCAGUGAAUCAGUAGAAACUACAGUUCUCGACCACCAUGAAUUAAGUCCUCACAAGAAUAGACUCUUGUCACCUCUUCGCUGUUCUACACCAAUGUCACUCCAUAAUUCUCUGGUGAAACCACAGAGACAGUCCAAAUGUUUUGAGUCUGGGAAUCUCCAGUCUUCUGCUUCACAAAAUGUGCUUCGGUCGCUAGAUGUUCGAAAUAUAACUGAUUCUUCUUUCUCUAGGACUACUCGCUUUCGUGCUGUUAAAGUUGAUUCACCUGGGAAAAGAGCUGAUAUUAUUUCUAAAGUUGAGGCUCGGGAUAUCACAGAAAUGGCAAACAAGGCUUCCAAAGAGCCUGUUGGUUGUGUAAAUAAUAUAGGUUUUCUUGCUUCGCUGGGCCGGAGUGCAAGCAGAGAUAGCUUACAGAGCAUGCGUGGGGCAGGCAGGAUUCGGACCUCUGGAAUGGGGCUGUCUACAAGUCUCCAGCAUUCUCAGGAAGAAAGCUUUAGGAAAAAUUCUCCCCUGUUAGAACCUACAGAUUUUUUUCUAUCUGCCCAUGGCAUUGGAAUGAAUGGAAAUAACACAGCAGCAGGGAAAAGAGUAGGAGAAUGUACUCAUCACCUCCCACCCGUGAAAGCCCCAGUUCAAACAAAGAAGAAAGCAGCAAAGCAUUGUUUUCUCUGUGGAAAGAAAACUGGACUGGCUACUAGCUACGAAUGCAGAUGUGGAAACAACUUCUGUGCAUCUCAUCGUUAUGCAGAAACUCACGGCUGCACCUAUGAUUACAAGAGUGCAGGGAGGAGAUACUUACAGGAGGCAAAUCCUGUGGUUAACGCACCCAAACUUCCAAAAAUCUAGCUCUUGCUCUGCGCCUGGGAAUUGUAUUACAGUGACAGAAGAAAUACUGUUCAGACUGCAUUAUAUCUGUUCGACUCCAAAAGAUUUGCCAAAUGAAAAAAGCAUACGGUGCUCACUGUUGGAGAAAGAAUGCUACUAUAUUUGACGUCUUUAUUCUUUGGUCAAUCAAAUGUUUUAAAAGUAGUUUUAAAAACUUUAAACUAUAAUGAUUUAACUUUGUUACUGCAUGUCUUGUGUUAAGUAUUUUAUAUUUGACAUUGCAAUUUUACUAGACAAGUCUUCAAAAGAUGCACUUUAGGAAGUUAUCACUGACUAUGUAAACCAGCUUCCACAGUGUACAGAAAUGUGCCGUCACGUAAUGGCUCUACUCAAAUCCACCACUUUUUUGAGGGGGGUGGGUGGGUGGUGGAGAUUUUUUUUUUUUAAAUCCCAUGUGAAAAUUUAUUGAAUUUACUAACAAGUUCCUUUUAUUUCAAACUACUUUUUAUAAAAACAUUUCAUUUCCCAGUGUAGUUUUAACACACAUAUUUCUUCCAUAUUCAGAUUGGCAUUCAGAUAUGUAUCCAUUCAUAAAACACAUCAUGUUAAACAUACUAUAUAUUUCUUAAAAGAUACUUUUUUGAAUGGCAGUUUUACAAUAGAAGGCGUCUCACUUGUUGCCAUUAAAUAUAGAAUCCACCUUUUCACUUUUUGAAAAAUGGCUAUAUUUAAAACAAAAUCUCAUAUUUUGGUUUGUUUUUCUUAUAUGUUGAGUGCUAUUACCAGGAAAAAUUCAAAUAAAUAUUCAAUUUCA